AUGCUUCGCCAAUUUGACGUCCCUAAGGCCAAGGCGACCGAAAAUAUCGACAAGCAGGACCGCGAGUUGUAUGAGCUGGCAGCCGAUAGCAAGGAGGCGGAGAACGAGGCACAGGAUGCCGCCGACGUACCUGAUGACACCGGAGACACAUUCAACCCUCUCUCUGCGCUCCAUGCGGAUGAUGAGGAUGGCUGGGUCGACGAGAUUGCCGCCAUGACCGAUGCGAAGCGGCUUCAGUUCCAGGAGCGCAUGCGUCCUGUGCGUAUGACUCUGACCAAGAUCCGUCGUCUGGCUUUCAAGAUCGUCAACUCCAGCACGAUUCUCCUGCCCGCAUGGAAGAAGCGAGUCGCAGAGGCUGGGCUGCCCGAGAGGGUGAUGCCAAGGGACGUGUCAACGCACUGGAACUCGACCUAUGACAUGUUGAUCUUCGCGAUUAAAUACUGUGUCGUAGUCGAUACGGUGUGUGCAGACCGGGAGCUGGGCUUGCGCAAGUUCGAGUUGACAACGCGGGAGUGGGAGAUCGUGUCCCAGCUGGCUGACACGCUUAAGGUUUGA